CGUUAUAGCAGUGGUUGUGUACAUUUCAUGGCCUGGUGUCGCGCGCGCCGCGGAGGCCGGCGGCUCAGUUAGAUUCUGACAAGGAAGGGGGUUGCGACCCGCUCGCUCGCUCAUCGCUAUGGAAGACCUAAACAUUGAGUGGACCCGCGCGAACACUCAGUUGUUCAUUGAACUCUUGAAAGAGCAUCCUUGUCUGUGGCAACUUAAAAAUAAAAACUAUAAGAACAAGACAGUGAGGAGUAGAAGUCUAGAUGCAAUGACAAAGCAACUAAUGGGUACAAUGAACUGUUUAAUAACACCAGCAAUUAUAAUGAAGAAGCUGCACACAUUGAGAAGUCAAUUCCGACGUGAGUUGAAGCAGAUCAAGACGUCGCAGAAGUCAGGAACAGGCACAAACGACCUGUAUGUACCCAAACUGUGGUGCUACGACGCUUUGGCUUUCCUUGGUGAUGGUGAUACACCGCGAGAUUCCACUUUAAAUCUAGAUGAAGUAACUGCACAAGAGAGCGCAUCAGAUGAGGCUAACAGAGAGACUUCUGAUGAGGGUGAGGGUGAAGUGGCAGGUGUAGAUACGCCUUCAGUGACUCCACCUGCAUUGCCACACACAUCAUCUCGAAGUCCUACCACAGUCAGCCCAGUUGGUUAUCCCACAUUCUCAUCCACACAUGGGUCUGCUCAUACAGCUAUACCCUCGUUAUGUUCUACCAGCCUAGCAAAUUUCAACUCUGCGCGGGUAGUUGUUUCACCAACAAUCUCGCCCGCCUCAGCAGAUUCUGCAUCCUCCUCUCCCCGAGCAACGAAACGUCGAAGAAAGAAUAGGGACAGUAAUCCAGCCGAGGAGGUGAUAAGGCGUGCAUUACAAGAAAUUGCCUCUUUUCGCAGCAGUUACGAAAGUGAACCGAACCUUGACUACGGUUUCAGGAAUGAUGUGCUCUGCUUUAAGAUUCUUGAUUAG